AUGCAACUUAUCCCUGAAAGUUUGAGAAAACUUUGGAACGAGUGGGAGCUUCGGGGUAUGGUUCUAGCCAGUCUUGCCUUGCAAAUUAUCCUCAUCCUGAUUGGCAACUGGAGAAAACAUUCAACCAGUAACAAACUCAGAAUUCUUCUGUGGCUCUCUUACCUGUCAGCUGACUCAGUUGCAACAGUAGCACUUGGCAUACUCUCCAGCAACCAAGAAGAAUCUCAAGGUGAUUCCGUAAACCCGAAAGUUGUAAUAACCGCAUUUUGGGCACCCUUUCUUCUCUUACAUCUUGGUGGCCCAGAUACUAUCACUGCUUACUCUUUAGAAGACAAUGAGUUGUGGCUUAGGCACUUGCUUGGGCUAUUUGUCCAGGUGGUUGUAGCUUUAUAUGUCUCUUUCAGAGCAUGGUCCAGUAAAGAGUUAAAUUUUUUGGCAAUACCAAUGUUCAUAGUUGGGAUGAUUAAGUUUGGGGAGAGGACUUGGGUUCUAAGAUCGGCAAGCAGUGAGCAUUUUAGAGAUUCUAUGCUUCAUGAUCCUGACCCAGGUCCCAAUUAUGCUAGAUACAUGGAAGAAUAUUGUUCAAAGAGAGCCCAGGGCUUCAGGGUUAACUCAGUUGAACUAGGAAGGGAUAACUCACUAGUUGAUGCAGUUGAUGACGGUACCCAAAAUGUGGCAAUGUUAGACAAAGCCUACGACUUCUUUGAAACAUUCAAACUGCUUUGUGCUGAUCUCAUCCUCAGCUUCCAUGAUAUAGUACUCAGCCACUCCUUCUUAGAAAAUACGAACUCCGAUCAAGCUUUCGAAGUUAUUGAGUUUGAGCUAGGAUUCAUGUAUGAUGCCUUUUAUACUAAGUCAGUUCUGGUUUCUUCUGGUCUGGGUUGCAUUCUCCGCGGUGUUACUGUUUCUAUAACACUUUCUGUAUUCAUAGCCUUCCUGUUCUCAAAGAAGCAAGCUUACAGUGGAGUAGAUGUAAUUAUCACAUAUAUAUUGUUGAUAGGAGCAAUCGUCCUAGAAUCUUAUGCUGUAGCAUUGCUGCUUUCCUCAGACAGGACAAGGCUAUGGCUGAAUAAGCACAAAAAUAUGGUGGCACGUCUCUUGGUUCUCUUGCGCAGUGCCGUUUCGUCAGUCCCUUUGGGUUAUAACAAGAGGUGGUCUAAUACCUUGGGACAAUACAACCUCAUCACAUUUUGUCUUAAGGCUAAGCCAACGAAAUGCAUUUCUGUCCAGAAGUUCUUAUUCAUUUAUCAGUUGUUAGAGAAGUAUCGAUACAAAGAGUUGGCGGAUAUCCCCACUGAGUUGAAGGAGUUGAUAUUUGAGCAGCUCCAAGAGAAAUCAAGGAUUGGUUCCAAUGUUGAGGCUAGCAAAAGAAAACAAUUAUGUGCUCGAAGGGGUGACCAGGUGCUUCAAAAAGCACAUUGUCUAAAGGAACUUGGCUGGACCAUCAAUGAGGUUGAGUUUGAUCAAAGCAUCCUUCUCUGGCAUAUUGCAACAGAUCUAUGUUAUUAUUCUGAUGUGAAUCGAAACUCAAACUUGGUUCCUAGUGAAAACUGUGAAGACAGUAAGCUGUUAUCGAACUACAUGAUGUAUCUUUUAGUCAUGUGCCCCUUCAUGCUACCAAAUGGGAUUGGACAGAUAAGGUUUAGAGACACAUGUGCCGAGGCUGAAGAAUUUUUCAAGGAAAAGAAAAUAAUGAAAUCGGGUGAAAGGAAAGCAUGCACAAAGCUACUGGACGUGUGCACAGACAUCCUUCCAUCUAAAGUGAAAGGAGAUAGAAGCAAGUCAGUUCUAUUUGAUGCAUGCAGGCUUGCUAAAGCUUUGCAGUCCCUGGAAUCAGAUAGAGGAUGGAGUAAUGAGAGAAAGUGGAAGUUUGUAAGUCAUGUGUGGGUGGAAAUGCUCUCUUACGCUGCCAAUCAGUGUCGAUGGAGUGGUCAUGCCCAGCAGCUCAGGCGAGGAGGAGAGCUGCUCACCCAUGUCUGGCUUCUUAUGGCACAUCUGGGUUUAACUGAACAGUUCCAAAUUUCAGAGGGCCAUGCAAGGGCAAAACUAAUUGUGGAGUAA